AUAAAAGACUUACUGUUUUGACAGUAAAGUUGAAGAAGCUGGCAAGGAUGUAAGUGGAUAAUGGCUGAUGGGAGAGCAGGAAGCUACAACCUUCGAAGCCGCCGAAAAAUGGUUCCCAAUACCCCUGACCUACUUACUCAGACGUCCCCAUCUGACCAUUCCUCCAUUAUUCCUCAACACAAAGCUAAACCUAACAAUGUGAUAGAGCUUCAGGGCAUCAUUCCACAUCAGAAUGGGCACCAUGGCAGAGGGGAGAGUGAUGUUUAUCUUGGAUCUGAAGAGGAAGAGACUGUGUUUGAACAGACAAGUUUAACUCAGCCAUUGUUGUCAGGAGAUUCUCCCAGUGAUGGAGAAACAAGUGUAAAAGAAUCUCAAGUGCAGCUAAAAGAAAAAGAUGAGGGUUCAUUCAGCAUUGCCCUACAAGUAUUUAUUCCAUACAUUAUUGCAGGAUUUGGGACUGUUGGUGCUGGUAUGGUCCUAGAUGUUGUUCAGCACACAGAUGUUUUUAUACAAGUAUCUGAGAUCUUCAUCCUCGUCCCCUCUCUCUUGGGAUUGAAAGGAAAUCUGGAGAUGACAUUAGCCUCAAGACUAUCUACUCAGGCAAAUUUAGGGAAUAUGGAUAAAAAAUCUGAGCAGUGGAAGAUGAUUGGUGGCAAUAUGGCUCUUGUACAGUGCCAAGCAAUAGUGGUAGGAUUUUUGGCCUCUGUGGUUGCCAUGAUAAUGGGGUGGAUACCCGAGGGAAAAUUUAAUGUUCACCAUGGCCUCUUGUUGUGUGCCAGCAGUGUACUAACUGCUGCUGUGGCCAGUUUUGUAUUAGGUGCUUUAAUGGUUUUAGUAAUUUUGGUGUCAAGGAAAUUAAAAAUAAAUCCAGACAAUAUAGCCACCCCUAUUGCUGCUAGUCUAGGGGACUUGACCACACUGUCUCUUCUUGCUGGGGUUUCCAUGCUGCUGUUUAAAGCAAUAGGUACCCAAGUGUGGUUGGCACCGACCAUCAUCGGUGUAUUUCUGGUGCUAACCCCUUUGUGGGUGUACAUAUCUGUCAAAAACCACUACACAAAUGACGUCAUCUACUCCGGGUGGACACCAGUGCUCAGCGCAAUGGUCAUCAGCAGUGUUGGAGGCCUGAUUUUGGAUUACACUGUAGCUAAUUAUCAUGGUAUUGCUGUAUUCCAGCCUGUUAUUAAUGGUGUAGGGGGUAAUCUGGUAGCAGUACAGGCAAGCAGAAUAACAACUUCUCUGCACAUGACAGGAAGUAAACCUGGAAAACUCCCCUCUGGUGCUUUGAGAGGUUGUCCCAAUCCUGGGGGAGCCUUCUGUGGGACAACCUUGAAUUCUCGAGCAGCCAGAGUGCUGAUUGCUCUAGUUAUACCUGGACAUUUAAUAUUCAUGGUCACUAUUUCCUACAUGAAGGCAGGACAUACCAGUAUUACCUGGACGUUUGCUCUUUUCUACCUCACCGCUGCACUUCUUCAGGUGGUAAUAUUGCUGUACAUUUGUCAUUGGAUGAUCCACUUCAUUUGGAAGCUUGGGGAUGACCCUGACAAUGUGGCCAUUCCCUACCUAACUGCCAUCGGAGAUCUCCUAGGCACAGGUUUCCUCGCCAUUGCUUUCCAUCUUCUGUAUCUUGUGGGAGAUAAAGACGCGGAUCUCGGAGAUUAAACUCACGGAGCCGGAGAUUAAACUCAAGGAGCCAGAGAUUAAACUCACGGAGGCAGAAUGCUUGAAUAAAUGGCAAUAAUAUCUGAUAUUGAACUCAUGAAGCAAGAAAGCUCUGAUAAAUGGCAAGCUCAAAGAUAAUAAUCGACAAUGAAUCCAUGAUGAGGUUAAAGUGCUAUAAUAUAUGCCAUAAUUUUUUCCCCAUGAAAGUUGUUAAUGAAUGUUUAUUUUGUAAGCAAUGGUUUUUAAAUAAGAAAAUUCCCCAGUUGAUCCCUUGUCUUCCUGUUAUCCAUGGCAUUGAAAUGACUUUUAUUUGCAUUUAUUUACGUCAUUUUAAAAGAAUAAAAACUGUGACUGUAGUAUUGUUUAUUGAUAAGUGAAAAAAUACUCUGAAGAAAAUCUAGUCAGUCUAAAGUAUGUGUUGAUUCUGUGCUGUAGAAGACAGGCAGUAGUAGAUUAAUAAUGAAAAUAUGUGCAAUCAUGCUUUGAUGUUUUAAAGAAUUUAAUUUUUAAGCUUUAUGUUAACUUAUUCACCUUGAAGAAGCUUAGUUGGGCAAUUGAAAUUGAUUUAUAGGGUAUUAAAGCAAUUAUGUAAUCUUUGUUGAAGACGUUGCUGAUCAUUUUAAAAAGAACUCCAAUAAUUUACAAUUCACAAUGUAUGUACCUUUUGCAUGAAACAUGGGUCUUAAUAUAAUCUGGAGAAUAAUAUGAAUAAAAAAAUAAUCUUGGUUAUGGAGCCUAGCUUAGUAUAAUGUGAUAAUAUGCGAUAUUCUAUGCAGAUGUAUACAAGAUACAGGGGAUGUAAGCAAAUUUUUCUGUGUUACAUACUUAACUCUGUGUGUUUUAUUUACUUGUUCGGCCACAAAACAUGACAGUUUCUAUGAUGGAUUUGAUAAACAGAGUAUAUAUAUAUUUUUGAUGUACAUUUAACUAGUAGAUGCUAUUUUUCAGUCCUUGUUUCUGUGUACAUUGUUUUACUUAUUUAGACCUAUUGUUUGGAGAGGGUUAUUUAUUAAAUGUAUCAACUAAGACAAUAAGCUGUGAUGUCAUAAGUGUUCUUUGUCAGGUCAAAGGUCACCGUCAUGUCAUAGAUCACGAUCCUGUUAGGAGUCUAAUUUUGUCAAGUUUCAAUUGUUGCCUGCUAUGCAUGUAUGUUUUUCAGUAUUUAAGAUCCCAGAUCUUGUAUCACAUUGCCAUAUCAGAAUCACCGUACAUGUACUAGUUUAUAGAUAUACAGUAGUUUUGCCUAUCCCCAUGUGUUACAGAACCAGGGGUGCGUUUUACGAAGGAACUUACGACUAAGACCAAAAAGUUAGGUUAAUUGUAAAAUCUUGCAAAAUGAAUUAUUCUGUGAAAAACUGAUUGUGUACAAAUAUCUUUCUUAAUUCUUUAUUUAAAAGAUUCAAGUCAUUUUCAAAUAAAUGUAAAUUAGAAAGUUAUUCACAAAAUUACAUUUUGGUCUUAGUCGUAAGUUCUUCUGUAAAAUGGAGCCCAGCACUGUAGAUUAAUGAUAUCAUAUGAAUAUACACUGUAAAUAAUCCUGAUGUUUUAUGAGUGAUUUUAAUUCUUGAUCAGUCUGUGAUAUAAUAAUAUUGAGUAAAAGGGAGGUUGUAUUUGAAGUUGAAUGAUUUGGAAUAAUAUUUUGUUAAUGUAAAUUCACACGAAGGUAAAUCAAGUUUCAACAUGUCUUUGUCUUUAGAAGAUUCAAUAUACUUAAUUUAAAUAUAUUAAAUUCUGAUUUAAUUCUGUUGUAUAUAAUAUUGAAACUUUUAAGUUAGGUUUUUGAUAUUUUGGUAUUUUGCAAUUCCUCAAACGUUUGACACAUUCCUCAAGCUCCUUGUUCAGAUUUACCCAUACUUUAACUGUUAUGGUCCUUUCUGUAUUUUAUGAUUUUAUGUCAACCAAUUAAAUAUAAGGAAAGAUGA